GCGAGAGGAGGGGCUCACAUCCAUAAGGAAGGGGGCUCCUUUUUAAUAUCCACUGCCAGCCUGACACAGCCCAGAGGAUAAGCCAGAGGUGAGGGGCAAGAUGAUCUCACAGGCUUGUUAAGUCAGAGUGACAUUCAUGAAAGUGGAAAAGCAAUUUAGUCACAUUCUUUUCUAAUGUGUGACCCUGGAAAAAAGGUUAAGCCCCCCCUUUCCUGAGCUUGGGCACAUCGUAUGUUCAGGUCGAGACGCUCGGUUGUUGUGCGGAGACUGUGGCGGAGUCGUUGCCCGUCAGCGACGGGUCCCAAGCCCGGAGGGGAGAAUGCGGAUCAGGAGGCACUGAGUGUCUUGAAACUUGCCACGCACUCCCUCUUCAAGCGGCUGAGGGACGAGCAGCUGGAGCUGCUCGCCCGGGCGCUGGAAGCCCGGGACACCGACGACCGCACCGACUGCGUCCGCUUCCCCAGGAGCGAGCUGCGGAUCGGGAAGCAGCGCUACUGGCCCCAGCUGCUGACCUGCAAGCUGUUCCGCUGGCCCGAGCUGAAGCACCUUUACCAGCUCAAGCGCCUGUGCGUCUGCGACUGCUGCUGGAGGGCUUCUGAGGACAGCGCCACAGUCUGCUGUAACCCUUACCACUUCAGCAGGCUGAGUGAGCCAGAAACCCCUCCACCUCCGUACUCAAAACUGUUGCCAGGCAACCAUAGGAAGAGCAUCGAAGACCCAACUGAACAUGACGCCACACACCAACUCAGGAGGAAUGAACCUACCAACCACCAGAAUCCAGACUGGCCGGAUUCCAGCUCGUUGCCCGUGGCGACCAGGGACGAGCACUGGUGCAGUGUGGCCUACUGGGAGUACCGACGCAGGGUAGGCCGCAUGUAUGUCGUCCGCGAGACCUCCGUCAGCGUCUUCUGUGACCUGCCGCGCGGGACGGGCUUCUGCCUGGGGCACCUCCACGCCGAUGGGAGGCACGAGCUAGUGAGGAGGACCCGGGGCAAGAUUGGCGGCGGGAUCCUGCUGAGCAAGGAGGGCGAUGGGGUCUGGGCCUACAACCGCAGUGAGCACCCCGUCUUCGCCAGCUCACCCACACUGCUGAGGGGCCGGGCCCGGGGCCCCUCUGUGCACAAGGUGUUGCCCGGCUACUCCCUGAAGGUCUUUGACUACCAACCGGGCCGGGCCCUGCAGCGGUCACUGAGCCCUGAGCUCUCUGAUGGCCCCUUCGAUCCCCACAGUGUCCGCAUCAGCUUCGCCAAAGGCUGGGGGCCGUCCUACUCCAGGCAGUUCAUCACCUCGUGUCCCUGCUGGUUAGAGAUCCUGCUGAACCACUCCUAAUGGGGAGUCCGACCCCCACAGACACACACUCACACACACUCACACACACACACACACACACACACACACACACACUCACACACACACACACACACACACACACUCACACACACACACACACACACACACUCACACACACACACACACACACACACUCGCACACACACACACUCACUCACACUCACACACACUCACACUCACACACACACUCACACUCACACACACUCACACACACACACACUCUCACACACACACUCACACACACACACACGCACACACACACACACACACUCACACACUCACACACACACACACACACACACACACACACACACACACACACUCUCUCUCUCUGACAGGCAGACACUCACACGGACACACAUGCACACAUUUACACACUAACACUGACACAUCACACGCUCAUAGAGAGAUACAACCUCACAGACAGGCACAGUUACACGACCACACUAACACACACUUAUAGACACACCCCGCACUCACAGACAGACACAGAAGAGAAUCCCACCCAGACCCAUACCCACCUCUAUCCGAGUAACCCUGCAUUUCCCAUGGCCAAUCCACCCUAACCUGCACAUCCCUGGGCACUAUGGGACAAUUUAGCAUGGCCAAUCCACCCUAACCUGCACAUCCCUGGGCACUAUGGGACAAUUUAGCAUGGCCAAUCCACCCUAACCUGCACAUCCCUGGGCACUAUGGGACAAUUUAGCAUGGCCAAUCCACCCUAACCUGCACAUCUUCGGACUGCGGGAGGAAACCCACACACACACGGUGGGGGGAGAAUGUGCAAACUUCACACAGACAGUCGCCCUGAGGCUGGAAUCGAACCUGGGUCCCUGGCGCCGUGAGGCAGCGGUGCCAGCCACUGGGCCACUGUAUCCCCCCUUUCUCUCCGGUCUCAAUUCCCGCUCCUUCAAAUCCAACCCACGAGCGUGCCCACCUCCCGGGAUCACGGUGUCUCUGUGGAUGCCACAUCACUGGAUUGUAUUUGGAGGGGUGGGGGGGGCAGGAUGCGUUGUGCCCCUCCCUCAGGCUGGUGAAAGGAGCUGCUUUCAUACCCACCUCGUACACCCUGGCAUUGAUUGUUGUAUAGACCCUUCCAGCACAGUACAGGCCCUUCGGCCCUCCAUGCUGUGCUGAUCCAUGGAACCAACCUGAAGCCCAUCUAACCUACACUAUUCCAUUCUCGCCCAUAUGUCUAUCCAAUGCCCAGUUAAAUGCCCUUAAAGUUGGUGAGUCUCCUCCUGUUACAGGCAGUGCGUUCCAUGUCCUACUACUCACUGAGUAAAGAAACUACCUCUGACAGCUCUCCUAUAUCCAUCUCCUCUCAAUUUAAAGCUAUCUCCCCCUGUGCUAGCCAUCACCAUCUGAGGGAAUAUGGCUCUCACUGCCCACCCUUUCUAACCCUCUGAUGAUCUUAUAUGUCUCCAUUAAGUCAUCUCUCAGCCUUCCUCUCUGUAACAGUCCCAAACUUUCCUCGUGAUACCUUCCCUCUGUCCCAGGCCACAUCCUGGUAAAUCUCCUCUGCACCCUUCCCAAAGCUCCCACAUCCUUCCUAUAAACGCGGUGACCAGAACUGUACACAAUACUCCAAGUGCGGCCGCCCCCAGAGUUGUGUACAGCUGCAGCAUGACCCCGUGGCUCCGAAACUCAAACUGUGGGACUUUGUGGGUGUGUGUCUGUAUGUGUCAGUGAGAGUGUGUGUGUGUGUCUGUAUGUGUCAGUGAGUGUGUGUGUCUGUGAGUAUGUGUCUGUCUGUCUGUGAUUUUGUGUGUGUCUGUAUGCGUGUGUGUCUGUAUGUGUGCAUUCAUGUCUGUAUGUGAUUGUGUGUGUGUCUAUGUGUGUGUGUGUCUGUAUGUGUGUGUGACUGUAUGCGUGUGUGCGUCUAUAUGUGUGCGUGCGUGUCGUAUGUUAUUGUGUGUGUGUGUCUGUCUGUGAUUGUGUGUUUGUCUGUAAUUUUGUGUGUGUGUCUGUAUAUCUGUGAUUGUGUGUGUCUGUGUGUGUGUGUCUGUGUGCGUAUGUGUGUGUGUCUGUCUGUGAUUGUGUGUAUCUGUGUGUGUGUCUUCGUGUGUGUGCAUCUGUCUGUCUAUAAUUGUGUGUGUCUGUGUGUGUGUGUGUGUGUCUGUGUGUGUAUGUGUGUGUGUCUGUGAUUGUGUGUAUCUGUGUGUGUCUUUGUGUGUGUGCAUCUGUCUGUCUAUAAUUGUGUGUGUCUGUGUCUGUCUGUGUGUGUGUGUAUGUGUGCGUGCGUGUCUGUAUGUGACUGUGUGUGUGUCUGUCUGUGAAUUUGUAUAUGUGUUUGUGAUUGUAUGUGAGUCUGUCUGUGAUUGUGUGUGUGUGUCUCUGUCUGUGAAUUUGUGUAUGUGUGUGCAUGUGUCUGUGAUUGUGUGUGUGUCUGUAUGUGUGUGUGUCUGUAUGUGAUUGUGUGUUUGUGUGUGUGUGCGCGUCUGUCUGUGAUUGUGUGCGUCUGUGUGUGUGUGUCUGUGUGUGUGUCUGUGUGUAUGUGUGUGUGUCUGUGAUUGUGUGUAUCUGUGUGUGUCUUCGUGUGUGUGCAUCUGUCUGUCUAUAAUUGUGUGUGUCUGUGUCUGUCUGUGUGUGUGUGUGUGUAUGUGUGCGUGCGUGUCUGUAUGUGACUGUGUGUGUGUCUGUCUGUGAAUUUGUAUAUGUGUUUGUGAUUGUAUGUGAGUCUGUCUGUGAUUGUGUGUGUGUCUCUGUCUGUGAAUUUGUGUAUGUGUGUGCAUGUGUCUGUGAUUGUGUGUGUGUGUCUGUAUGUGAUUGUGUGUUUGUGUGUGUGUGUGCGCGUCUGUCUGUGAUUGUGUGCGUGUGCCUGUCUGUGAUUGUGUGUCUGUGUGUGUGUGUGUGUGUGUGUGUGCGCGCGCCUGUCUGUGAUUGUGUGUGUCUCUGUGUGUGUGUCUCCGUGCGUGUGUCUGUCUGUGAUUGUGUGUGUGUGUGUCUGUGUGUGUGUGUGUGUCUGUGUGUGUGUGUCUGUGUGUGUGUGUGUCUGUGUAUGUGGUGGAUCUGUGACACUGGAACCAUUGAGAGGUUGACAUUUAGGCACUCCAGUGACAAUUAUUAAAAAGAGAGUCUUAUAUGCUAUAUAUCGCUAUAUUUGCUCAGAAAAUUAAUAUAAAGUUUUGUAUGUUAAAAACACUACGACUGUAAAUAGGGGGAGGAUUUUAUUUGUAUGCUUUGUGAGGAUACUGCAAUGACUAAUGCACUUGGUUGUAUGUCACCACGUUAAUUUUUAGCUAUUCUUGGAGGUAUGCGUCAAUAAAAUGGCAUUGGCUCCUA